AUGGCUCGAAUGGUUCCACUCUCCGUCCUCGCCCUUCUCGCACUCUUGUCAACCUUCUCGCACCCUCGCACAGCACUAGUCGCCGCCGUCUCAGACAGACGGCAACUAGCGACACCAGCUGCCGACAGCUUUCAGCUGACCGGCGACUCCGGUUUUCACGACGGCGAGUACGACGGUUUAGACGACACGGGGCUGCUGAAUCUCUCUGAGGCGGAGCAGGCAGACUUUCUGCGGCAGUCCGAAGCUGAAGAGUCCGACUUCCUGCAGUACGAUUCCGAAAGUGUGCCGAUUCAGCCCAACAACGCGCAGCGCGCGGCCCUUCUCUCACUCAAGACCGCCUGGGGCUCCGAUUUUUUCAAGGCGGAAACGUGGUCGGAUGCGGAAGGGGAGCACCAGUGGUGGGGGGUUACUGUAGACUCUGAAGGUGACGUCGUGGCCUUGGAGUUGCCGAACGCGAAUUUGGAAGGCGAAAUUCCCGAGGAGCUGACGAAGUUUCAUGAUCUCGCGACGCUGGAUUUGCGUGGGAACAAGCUUACUGGAAGCAUCCCUGAAGGAAUAUUUUCCAGCUUGCCUUCACUGCAGGAUAUCUACUUGAGCGAUAAUCUGCUGCAAGGGAAGGUUCCCUGGAUCGAGUUCUUUUACUCUAAUGAAUCCAAGGUGUCGACUCUCAGGCUUGAUGGGAAUAGGUUUUCGGGCAAGAUUCGUCCCAAAGCUUUCGAUAACGCGACUUCACUUCAGGCUCUCUUUUUGGGCAACAACAAGUUCUACGGGAAGAUCCCACGGAGUCUCGGCAGCUGCAAAGAGAUAUCCGUCAUCGAUUUGAAGAACAACGAGUUUUCGGAUCUGAUGCCGACUACUAUCGCCGAUCUUCCCGGCCUUGAAGUGUUGGACGUUAGCGGGAACAAGCUGACCGGACCGAUUCCCAACUUCCUCGGGCGACUCCCCAGUUUAGUCAACCUCGACUUAAGCAAUAAUCAGUUUUCUGGCCUUGUACCGGAUUCAUUCAAACUGUUUUCGCACAAGGCGCGCGCGGUGAAAAUUGGAGACAACUUUCUGACUGGGCCUCUGCCUCAGUUUCCCCGCUUCUCUAAAGGCUGCGGCAUUAACGGUGUAGGAGGCUUGGACACCACAUCGUGUUACAUGCUUCGGUCUCUUUUGGAUUUUGAGGGCAACUUCUUUUACGGAAAUUACUCGCUGGACAUUCAGCUGCCCGGCUCGGAGAACCUUCCUGCCAUGUCAACAGUCUGCCCGUACGAGUACCCUGAAAGCAUCUACGUCAACGAUAACUGCCUGAGCUCCACGGAUUUGUGCGAAGUGGAGAAGCAGCGGCCACCUAAGGAGUGCGAUGAGUUUUGCGGGACUGGCAGUCCCGAGGGGCAGUGCGGGGGAAAGGGGGUGGUAUCGAAGCACCUGAAGUCGAUAGAGGAUGGAUCCGACAGCAAGAGAGACCACACAGAUGACGUCAACAUGGCACUCAUCGACCAGGUUCACAAGCUGAGCCUGCAGGUGCAGCAGCUCUCCACCAGCUCUCGACCAAUCACAGUCGUCAACGCUCCACCUGCACAAGAACGAGGGGGGAGCAUUGUGGGAUAUGUGAUACCUGUGGCAGUCAUUGGUGCGGCAGGUUAUGGAGUCAUGUGGUGGAAGGGCUGGCGAGUGAGCGAUCUCAUGUACGUGACCAGGAGGGGCAUGGACCAGGCGGUGAAGCUCAUGGGGGCGAAGGUGACGGAGCUGCAAACAGCCCUUGAUACGGCCAAGAAGCAGUUGGCUGGGCGGCUGGAGGGAGUGUCCAAAUCGGUGGCAGAGGGGCUGAAGAUGCAGGCGAUAAUAAAGAAAGAUGUUAUUGAGGUGAAGGGGGUGGUUACCAGUGUGAGUCGAGACCUGGACAACAUGCAUGGGCUGGUGGAGGGCAUGGAUACCAAGCUCGCAUCGCUCGAGCAGAAGCAGGACAUUGCCACACGGGGAGUGCUGCUGCUGUGCAGUUUCGUGAGCAGAGGGCUGCAGGGCAACCCUGGCAACCAGGAGCUGCUGAAGGGCCUGGCGGACAUGUCACAGAUGGCCGUGCCUCAGCUUGCUGCGGGGAAGGGCGCGCCAGCAGGGGGGGCAGUGGGGCUAUCAGGGCUGAAGGAGCUUGAAUUCAUCUCGUCUGCUUUGGAAUCUUCCGUGCACCAUACAGGGAACCUGCCUCUCGAUCCUGCCUACACGUACCAACCCACUCGCCAAGCCUCCUACCAAGCCUCAACAGCAGGUUUGGAGCGGCAAACCUCUGCAUCAGCAACGGCACCGGCCGCAGCAGGAAUUGCAUCCAGACACUCAUUCGGAGCAGGAGGGGCGGCGGCAGCUGCAGCAGCCGCAGCAGCGAUUGCAACAGUGUCAGGGAGAUCUCGAGGGGACAGUGUAUCUGGACUAGGGGUAGGGGUAGGAGGAGGAGGAGGAGCAGGAAUGCAUGGAUUGGGGCCAGAGCGAGGGAUGCACGGAGCAGCAGCAGCACAUGGUUUGCAUACGGCAGCACCUGCAGCAGCACAAGGUUUACAUGCAUCUGGAGCAACAGCAGAGGCGGCUGUGGUUCAGAGCGUGAGAGAGGCCGGGGAUGCGGUGUUGAGGCGAGGAGUGGUGAUUGAGGAGGUGGGGGAUGGAAGGGAGGGAUAUGGGCGGCCGCGUCCAGCGAAUGAGGUGUCGCCACCUCGUGCUCGUGAAGGAGUACCUGGCGGUUAUCCACCAAGGAAGCUGAGGCAUGCUCGUUUCGGAGACUGA